AUGGAUUCUGGAAAGGGUAUGGAAUUUUCCAUCCUUCAGAAUCUACGAAACCUCUAUGUACCAGAGCUGCCCCGUUGCCUCCAGGGAUCAGAUGUUCAAGUUGAGAUCGGUGAUAUCACAACAGUUAUGGAUCCCAUGGAUGCUCAAUCAAUUCAGAGAUCCUUUCCCCUCACUUAUGGCCAACCACUAGUACACCAUUUUAGCUCAUCCAACAAAACUCCUCUUGAUAUCCAUGCUCCAAAAGAACAAAAACCAAUUAGGGUUGGUGUAGUCUUCUGUGGCCGGCAAUCACCUGGAGGACAUAAUGUUAUUUGCGGGCUACAUGAUGCUAUGAAGUCUCAUAACCCCAAAAGUACCCUGCUAGGAUUUUGUGGAGGAACUGAAGGUUUAUUUAAGCAAAAAACCCUUGAAAUUACUGAAGAUGUUGUCUCAAAAUAUCGUAAUCAAGGGGGGUAUGAUAUGUUGGGAAGAACAAUGGAUCAGAUAAGAACAACAGAACAAGUAAAUGCUGGAUUAACUACAUGUCAAACACUAAAGUUGGAUGGACUUGUGAUUAUUGGAGGUGUCACAUCCAAUACUGAUGCAGCUCAGCUUGCUGAGACAUUUGCAGAGGCAAAGUGUUCGACAAAGGUUGUUGGCGUUCCAGUUACCUUCUAUGGGGAUCUCAAGAACCAAUUUGUUGAAGCUAAUGUCGGAUUUGAUACAAUCUGCAAGGUGAAUUCUCAACUCAUAAGCAAUAUAUGCAUCGAUGCUCUUUCUGCUGAAAAGUAUUAUUAUUUUAUCCGUCUCAUGGGAAGGAGAGCAUCUCAUGUUGCCCUGGAAUGUGCCCUUCAGUCUCAUCCAAAUAUGGUCAUCCUUAGUGAGGAGGUUGCUGCUUCAAAGCUUACCCUUUAUGAUAUAACAAAACAGAUCUGCGAUGCAGUUCAAGCCAGGGCAGAACUAGGCAAAUAUCAUGGUGUGAUUCUUUUACCUGAGGGUCUCAUCGAAAGUAUACCUGAAGUAUAUGCCCUCUUGCAGGAAAUUCAUGUUCUUCUCAAGAAUGGUGUUUCAGUUGACAACGUUUCAAAGCAGUUAUCUCCUUGGGCAUCUGCUUUAUAUGAGUCCAUGCCGCCAUUUAUCAAAAAGCAGCUUCUUCUUUCCCCUGAGUCUGAUGAAUCUGCACAGUUAUCACAGAUUGAAACAGAAAAGCUAUUAGCUCAGCUAGUAGAGUCAGAGAUGGAAACACGAACCAAAAAUGGCACUUACAAAGGGAAAAAGUUCAAUUCUAUCUGUCAUUUCUUUGGAUAUCAAGCACGAGGAUCACUGCCAUCUAAGUUUGAUUGUGAUUAUGCACAUGCUCUUGGACAUGCUUCCUAUCAUCUUCUUGCAGCUGGGCUUAAUGGUUACAUGGCUACAGUGACAAAUCUUAAAAAUGAUGUGUACAAGUGGAGAUGUGGUGGUGCUCCAUUUACAGCUAUGAUGACUGUAAGGAGGCUGCUGCGUGGGCCCGGGUCUUCUUUGAUUGGCAAACCAUCAAUUCAUCCAGUUGCAGUGGAUUUAAAGGGAAAACCAUAUGAGUUGUUGCUUCGUGAUGCUGAAAAAUUCUUGAUGGAUGAUCUUUACUCCAAUCCAGGGCCCAUUCAAUAUAUAGGAUCAGGUUCUGACAACAAGACCAUAUGUCUGAGUGUAGAGGACCAGGAUUACAUGGGGAGGGUCACGGAGUUGCAAGCUUACCUUGAGAAGGUGAGAACAAUGGUUAAACCUGGUUGUUCACAAGAGGUGUUGAAGGCUGCCUUGAGUUCCAUGGCCUCUGUCCUUGAGAUCCUCACCCUGAUGUCUCCUGCUGCAAAAAGCAGCAUCACAGGACAUGUCAAGUAUUAGAAAAUUGUCAGGUAAUAUACCGCGGAGCCUAUGAGAACUUUGAAAAUUAGACUUCAUGCAGAAGGGUAGCCCGAGAUUGAAAUUUGCCAGUGGUGAUGCAGAGUUUAAUUCCUCGUAUCGGUAUUUAUCCAUCUGCUGUGGACCACUUUUGUUACCAUUAAUGGGUUUAGUUUUGUGUUCAAACAAUUAUCUUGACGUAAUAAAAUUUUGAACCUCAACCUGAUUCAACAGCAAGGACAAUGCCUUUCUGUU